AUGCCGCUGUGGCGACCGGCGCGCGAGCGGGACGCCGACGCGCCCGCGACGGUUCGCGAGACGGCGAUCGACCCGAGCGCGCCCAUCGGCGAGCUCACGACGUCGAUCGCGAUCAUCGAGCCCUCGGCGCCGCCGGCGAGCGAAAUCGAAACGCGCGAUGGAUUCGCGAAGCGCGACACGCGGUACGUGAGUUCGGCGGAGUCGUUCGAACGCGGGGACUUGACGCCGCUGUCGCUCGCGGAGACGUGCUGGGUGCUCGCGGCGACGUGCGCGCUGACGGCGUCGUACGUCGUCGCGUUUUCAUCCGUCAUUGGAUUUGGUUCGACGACGUUUCGAGUUUUACGACGGGAUCAAAAAGAAAACGUUCUGCUGGCCGUGAGCGCGGUGAUUGCGUUGAUGCUUUACGUCACGGAUGCUUCGCAUUGGAGAGGCGCUCGAACGCGCUUGGCGAGGGACGUCUUCGUGGGCGUCGCCGCGAUACUCGCCGCACUAUCCCUCGGCCUGAGCGCGUAUCGCUACCCUCAAGCGCCACCAACGCUGUAUUUAGUGGUGUCACCGCUCGUGUACUCGUAUAUGCGCACGAAAGUGUUCGCACAUCGAUCGCUGUCGAGCUAUCUGAGCGCGAUAGCUCGAAGCCUGUACGCGUGCGCCGGCAUCGUCGUCAUGUGCUUCUUCGUCGAGGCAUCGCGCGUGAACGCUUGGUGGUCGACGUCGUUGGAGCUCAAAUACCGUGACGCUAUUGGAUGCGAUUUGGACCUCUCCACCGACUGUCUAUCGGCGUACAUCAUGUGGUUUUCCCCGUGUCUAGCCGCGCUCGCGAGUUUAAUCUUCGCCACGUUUUGCGCGUUGCUGGCGUCUUCCAUGCGUUCAAACGACAAGCAAAAUGUGCUCAACUUCACGAUCAAGGCCUUCGGCUGCGGUUUAAUUUUCGUCUUUCUCGGAAUCUGGGUCGCCGUAUCCAUCGCGGGCGGCGCAAAACCGCUUUCAUCCAUCUUGGUGACGUUUUCCAUGGCGGCACUCGUCGUGCUCAGCGGCGCCCUCGUGGCGACGAUCGGACUCGACACCAUCACGUCCAAAGUCACGUCUGUGCCGUUGUUCGCGUCGAUCAUGAAUGCCGUGACGGAAAAAUACGCCAACGUGUUCAAGGCCAUCUUAAUUUCGACGCCGUUGACAUUUGCGUUUGCGCUGUACUUAGUGUUGUCCAUCGUCAAUCAACGCGUUCGCGCGAUGUUCGGCACGGCGCCGUCGGAGACGAGCGAUUCGCGUUGGUUCACCGCCAAGGUUGCCAAGCAAUUACAGGAGCUCCGCGAUUGGAAAUGGUCUCGUAUCAUGAUUAAUGUGCACUACUGGAUCGCUGUCGUUCUCGCCUUCCAAGUUAUCGCCGGUUCGUUCACGAUCGUCUUUCUGAGCUACUUGCGCGUGCAACUUGCGGCGAUUCCAAUCGCGCUCGUCUACUUCAUCUUCGCCCUCGUCGGAUUGGCGAUGUUUCUUAUUCCAAUCAUUCCUGGCUUACCGGUGUACCUUACGGGUGGAAUCAUUCUGACGGAUAAACCUCUGGUGAACGCCCUCGGCGGUGGCAGCCGUGGAUACGUGUGGGCGUGUUUCUGGGCCGUCGUGCUCUGCUUCGUCAUCAAGCUCCUCGCCGUCGUGAUGCAGCAAAAAGGCAUCGGCGAACGUCUUGGCAAUCGCGUGUGGAUUCGAAGUAUGGUGAACGUGAACAGUACCACGAUGCGAUCGAUUCGGUAUUUGCUCACUCGACCAGGCUUGAACUUUCCGAAAGUUGCAAUUCUCGUCGGUGGACCGGAUUGGCCCACGAGCGUGACGACUGGCAUCUUACGGCUGAGCGUACGAGAGAUGCUCAUCGGCACGCUGCCGGUGUUCUUUCUUAUCGCGCCUACGACGUUAGCUGGCGCGUUUAUGCUCAAGGCGUCGCACGCUGCGAACGCGAGCGGCAUUGACACACUCUGUCGCGAAACCGCCGUCUCUUCGCUCGCAACGGAUGAUACCAGCGCGUGGACGUCGAUCGCAGACAUCGGUUUGCUUUGCACCGGACUCGCGCAGGGGCUCGGGCUCGUCUCCGCGGCGUAUUACAUUGAAAAGACCGCCGUCGAAGCGCGCGAAGCGCUCGAUGACAUACCAUACGACGAAGAAGUCCUCGAGGUUGAACGCGAGGAAGCGCAUCGAAACGAACUCUUGCGCGCAAUCUUGCAGUGGGACGAAUUGUCCAAAACAUCGCGGCGAGCCCUCCUCGCGAGUACGCUCAUCGUCAUCGCCGCUUUUUGGGGCAUCAUGUUUGGGCCGUUUUUCCUCGGCGAAGAAGCCAUCGUGCGCGAGUACCUUCUCACGGAUUGCGUGUCCACGCGGUUGAACGGGAAAGCGUGGAACAUUAUGACGUCGCUUGGCUGGGCUUUGCUCGCCGUCGUGUGCGCGUCGCUCUUCGUCGUCUCGCGCGUGAACGCGAAUGCAAAAUAUGACGUCGAUGCCAUCAUUGCGGAUGAAGAAGCCUUCAUGAAAGAGCUCGAGGGAACGCCCAAACGAGUGUGGGACAAGUGCCCGAAUCACGACGAGGCGAUAAACGAGGAAAAGUUUCGCGAGAGGAUCGCCGCCGCCCUGACGACGAUGUCGCGCAGCCAAAUCAAAAGAGUCGAUGAAACGAUGACAGAGCGCGAGCUCGCGCCGUUCUCUGAUGAGACGAAGAAGUUCAUCCUCGAGAGCAUCGAGAGCGCUUUGAGCGCGCGCAAUAAGGCGUCUGAAACCAACGCCGGCGCCGCGCCGUCGGCUUAA